CGCCCGGAAUUAGAGUUAGACGAAGAAGAGGAGGGCGGAAGUGGAAAUGUUUACUGAAUGUAGCCGGCAGAUAUGCUACAAAACAUUUCACUUGAACUUUGAAUUAUUUGCUUAAACACGACGUGUGUAUAUUUGUCGCUGUAUUUAACGUAUCGGAGUCAGAAGAUGAUUUAAAGUUAGAAAGAGAAAAUUAAAAAGGAAGAUGGACAAGAAUGAGGACCUGGUCCAAACAGGCGCCCAUAAAACUCUGCUUAUUCGCCACCUACCAGCUGAGCUCAGCCGGGAUGAGAAAGAAGACCUCUUAAAGUAUUUUGGAGCUGAGUCUGUCAGGGUCUUCUCGAACACGGGUCGUUUGAAACACGCAGCCUUUGCAAGCUUUAAAAGUGAGAAGUUAGCAGCAAAAGCUCUGAGCAGGCUCCAUCAGUUAGAGAUUCUUGGUCGCACACUGGUUGUUGAGUUUGCAAAAGGCGAAGAUCAUGUGACCGUAUUAAAGGACCCACCAGUGUCAGACAGUGGUAAACGUGACAGGAAAGAGGAAAAGAAACAAGAGACCAAGCAGCCAAAUAUUCCCCUCAUUGAGACGGGCAUUGCACCUGGCCUUGGGUUGAAAUUUCAAUUGAAUCCCUCUUUGAAAUAUUUAUACCCACCACCUUCUAAUGGCAUUCUGACAAAUAUAACACAUGCCCUCAUCAGUGUGCCAAAGUUUUAUGUUCAAGUACUACAUCUGAUGAACAAGAUGAAUUUACCAUGUCCGUUUGGCCCGGUCACUGCCAGACCCCCUAUGUUUGAGCUGCUGCCUCCUGCACCACCCAUCCCCAUGCCUCCUCCCUUCCCUCCUGACUACCCACCUUUACCACAGGAGGAGAUGGAGCUGUCCAGUGGAGAGGAGUCUGAGUAUGAAAGUGGGGAUGAAGAAGACAAGGAGAGGAUUGUUCGUCUGAUGGGCCUGGUCAACCAAGCGUGCAAGAGACCCUUGAGACCAAAAACAGCUUCAAAGAGAAAGAAACCCAAGAUCAAGGAUCUACUCUAUGCUCCCAAACCAGACUCUCAGAGUGCUCCGAUGCUGCAGCCAUCCGAUGUGUUUGAGCAGCCCCACCCCGCCGGCCACAGGAAAAUUGAAUUCCACAUUUCGGUUCCAGAGGUGGCAGCCAUAGUGGAAGGAAGUGGGCCGGGUCAGCCUGAUGAAGAAGGCAAAGACGUGGACGAAAGGGAGCUUGCCCCCAGCAGCAGUCAGGAGGUGGCAGAGGCUGAAGGUUUUGGGAAGCUUUACCCCAGCACCCAGGCGUUACAACAGCAAGAGGAAGACAGCGACGACGAUGAUGAUGUCCCCAAAGAUGUCAUCUCCAGAAAGGAGCUGGAGAAAGGACGACUAUCAAGAGAUGAGAUAAAAAGGAUGUCUGUGUUUAAAAAUUAUGAACCUGGCGAGCCAACCUGCAGACUGUACGUGAAGAAUAUUGCAAAGCAAGUGGAAGAGAAAGAUCUGAAGUACAUCUAUGGGAGAUACGUCAACCCUUUGUCAGAAGCCGAGAGAAACAUGUUUGACAUUGUGUUAAUGAAGGAGGGGCGGAUGAAAGGGCAGGCCUUCGUAGGACUCCCCAGUGAGCAGAGUGCAGAGAAAGCCCUGCGGGAAACCAAUGGCUACGUUCUGUAUGACAAACCCCUCGUCGUCCAAUUUGCCAGGUCUGCCCGACCAAAGGAAGACAACACAGCUACUAAGAAAGGACCAAAACAACGAUGAGCUCAACAGAUGCCAUGGCUUGAUAUUGUGGCCCAGCAGAACCAUUUGUAUCCUUAUUCUGGCAUAUCCUUUGGAAAUAAACACAAAAGAAAACGGGGGCAGUUUAUUUGUAGUUAAUGUGGCACAAUUGGAACUUGAAACAACUCGACCUGUAAUGUAGUCUAAAUUUAAAAGGACUGAGUACCAUGUUUUGUUCCUGUAGCUUAUUGUGUCUCUCAGUAUGUUGUCUGUAAACCUGUGCUAUUUUGGAGUCUCUCAAACGUCUCUUUCUCUACCUUGUUUGA